UUCGUUGUGUUUACGACGGUAGCCAGCCCUCCAGCAAAAUGAAAUUGAAUCAGUUUGUUUCAUCGUCGCGCAGGAAGAACCGCAAGCGUCACUUCCAGGCUCCAUCGCACAUCCGCCGUCGCCUGAUGUCCGCACCCCUCUCCAAGGAGCUGCGUCAAAAGUACAAUGUGCGCUCGAUGCCAAUCCGUCGUGACGACGAGGUCCAGGUGAUCCGUGGCCACUUCAAGGGCAACCAGGUGGGCAAAGUUGUCCAAGCCUACCGCAAGAAGUUUGUUGUCUACGUUGAAAAGAUCCAGCGCGAAAACGCCAACGGCACCAAUGUCUAUGUGGGCAUUCAUCCCAGCAAAGUUUUGAUUGUUAAACUGAAACUGGACAAGGAUCGCAAGGCCAUUCUGGAGCGUCGCGGCAAGGGACGUUUGGCAGCAUUGGGCAAGGACAAGGGCAAGUACACCGAGGAGACGGCUGCUCAACCUAUGGAGACGGCGUAAACACCAAACACUAGCCCCAAAACCGAUAUGACGUUUUUACCGUAACGUUUAAAGUGUGUAAAAAAACAACAACAAACUUAAAUACAAGAAAAUGUGCGAAUGGAGUGAAAAAGAAACGCAUUUCUUUACAAAUAAAGAACAGUUGAUUUUUCAAUAUGAA